CAGUUAUUUGAUUGCGUCUAUGGGGCUUCAACUGCUAUGGAGCUUUGGACUUGCCUGUCUUGAUGUUUAUGCUUUGAGGAGAAAGAGAGAUCUUCAGAAUCCAGUUCUAGUGAGCCUAUUUGUUGUAGGUGAUUUGCAGGUUACAGCCAUGUUAUCACUGGCAGCUGCAUGUUCAUCAGCAGGGGUUAUAGUCCUGUAUGCAAGAGACUUGGACUUGUGCAGGGUUCAAAUUCAUCUCCCAUGCAGGCAAUUCGAAAUAUCGAUAAUUUUGGCAUUUAUCACGUGGGUUCUGAUCGCAAUUUCAUCUCAUGUCAUGUUCUGGAUCUUAGCCUCUUUCUAAAGGACUCGGGGGUUCCCAUGCAUAACAUUGGACAUAUACGCACAUAAU